GAAAUAUUCACAACUGGGGGUUAUCGUACCGCCGUAUGACAGAUAAUAAUUGUCAUGAUGAGUACACGCGCUUGUGGUCUCGUAAUAUUCCGUCGUUUCAAAGGACCAAUUGAGUAUUUAUUAAUGCAGACAUCCUACGGCCAACACCAUUGGACUCCCCCAAAAGGGCACGUUGACGAUGGUGAGAGUGACAUGGAGACUGCUCUACGUGAAACCGACGAAGAAUCAGGUUUGAAGAAAGAAGAUAUAAGAAUUUUUGAAAAUGCAAAAGCCGAGUUGAAUUAUAAUGUCAACAAAAAACCGAAGACCGUUGUUUAUUGGUUAGCUGAGCUAAUAAAAGAGGAACGUGACGCUCGUUUAUCAAGUGAGCACCAGGAUUUUGGAUGGUUUACCCUUGAAGACGCUUGUAAAAUCUCUCAUUACCCAGAAAUGCAGGAAGCACUGCGUAAAUUUGAUAAAUACAUUAUCGAACAUCUCUAAUAAUUGAGUACAUAAAAGAUCGCUGUAUAAAUAGUGAUGAGUACAUAAAUAAUAAACACUCCAUAAUGUA